GUGACGCACACAAAGUCUGCGAGAGCAAUUAAGAAGAAAGACAAGUGUCUUCUAGCUUCCGGUUUGUCCACUAGCAGGCCAAAGUGGUUGUAUUUUUUGGCCCAUGCAGACAGACCCUGACCAUCCAUUAACAUCAGGCACAAAGUGCAGGUUUACAGACGUUUGCAUCGUACCGCAGUCCUCCGGCUAACAGAACGGCAGUGUUUCCAGGCUGAGGGAUUAACGCAGAGAUGGGAGACAAGAAAGCGGUUUUGUUCAACUUCUGGGGGGUGGUUGUUCCCUCAAGAGCAGCUGUAGUUUUCCAGAAACUGGAGGAGCAACACAAACUUCCACGAGGGUUUCUGUCCCGUGUGGUGUCCCAAAAUAAGGGCUCUCUGCUGCAGGCAGAAAAAGGCAAACUGACUCUUAACCAGAUGAUCCCGGCGUUCAAAGCCGAGUGUGCAAAGGAGGCCAAGGCCAGAGGAGUGACGCUGCCGUCUGAUUGGUGCGUCAACUGUCUGCUGGAGGAGGCCAGAAAGUCGAUGAUGGAAGUGAAGGACGUUGUGCUGAAGACGUCUGCAAGUCUGCGUAGCAGUGGGGUCCUAACAGCAGUCCUGGUCAAUCACUGGCUGGAUGACAGCGCCUCAGGAGACGAUCUGGCUCAACUUCUCUGCCUCUUAGGCAGCAGUUUUAACCUUGUCCUUCAGUCCUGCCAUCUGGGUCACAGGGUCCCAGAAGUCGCCAUGUUCAACACUGCUUUGGAGCAGCUGGGAAUCUCCCCAAACCAGGCUCUGUGGCUGGACGUGGACGCGGAGAGCGUGAAGGCGGCAGAGAAAGAAGGGAUUAAGGCCAUCCUGGUGGAAGACAUGGAGACGGCUCUGCAGAAAAUAUCCGAUUUUACCGGAGUUCAGGCUGUUGGAGCAGAGAGUCCUCCAGUAACCUGCCGCCCCGAUCAAGUGUCUCAUGGAUACAUCAUCAUCAGACCUGGUGUUCGGACCCACUACGUGGAGAUGGGCACGGGUCCACCGGUCCUGCUGUGCCACGGUUUCCCUGAGAGCUGGUACUCCUGGAGGUACCAGAUCCCAGCUUUGGCUGCAGCAGGGUUCAGGGUCCUGGCUCUGGACAUGAAGGGAUACGGAGAGUCCACAGCACCCCCUGACAUAGAGGAAUAUUCUCAGGAGCAGCUUUGCAAGGAUCUAAUUACUUUUAUGGACAAAAUGUCCAUACCACAGGUCACCCUGGUGGGUCAUGACUGGGGCGGUGCUUUGGUUUGGACUAUGGCCCGGUAUUAUCCAGAGAGAAUCAGGGCAGUAGCGUCUCUGAACACUCCCCUGUUCCCGCCGGAUCCCUCGGCUCCUGUUACAGAGAAAUUAAAGGCCCUUCCAAUAUUUGACUACCAGAUUUACUUCCAAAAACCAGGAGUCGCCGAGGCCGAGUUGGAGAAGGACUUGGAGAGAACAUUCAAGAUUUUCUUUUCCAGCAGCAGUGAAGCGGCGAGCCGUCCCGCUCUGAGCACCGCUGGAGUCUGUGCUCGAGGCGGGCUGUUUGUGGGUCUGCCGGAGCAGAUUCCUCGGAGCUCCAUGCUGACAGAGGCCGACCUGCAGUACUACGUCAGCCAGUUCAGGGAGAGCGGCUUCAGGGGACCUUUGAACUGGUAUCGAAACAACCAGGCCAACUGGAAGUGGAUGUGUUCGCAGCCUACUGGGAAGGUUCUGGUGCCGGCUCUGAUGGUGACGGCGGGUAAGGAUCCGGUUCUGCUGCCGGCGCUCUCACAAGGGAUGGAGGACCUGAUCCCCAACCUGAGCAGGGGACACAUCGAGGACUGCGGACACUGGACUCAGAUGGACAAACCGGCAGAGACCAACAACAUCCUGAUAUCGUGGCUGAAAGAGACGCACGGGAAGGCGGGGGGGGUCCAGGUGGCCCCCAAACUGUGACGGAGGAGGAGCUCAGGAACGAUGCAGGGAGACGACAUGAAGUGAAUAAAUGAUGUUUAUAAAAUUACAAAAAUAAAAACCAAUCAAAGCCUUUGAUUCACAUUUUA